AUAACAUGCGCAAAAGGCCGGAAGGUUUUCCAUCAAUUCACUUCAGAUCUCAAGUAAAUUGUCAAACAGAAUUACAUAUAACAAAUUGUCAAUCUUAUACCACACAUGCAACUGUUUCUGUUUUCAUGUGUGCAGAGCUCUAGAUUUUAAGUAUUCUACAAUUUAUCUCUGCCUCAAUCUGGCUGAUCUUCAACUAUCACCCUGUAAAUUUUUCUCUUUUUUCUAUUCUCAAUGAAAUCAAGCACUCAAUCUUAUUUUGGAUCUAGCUAUAAUAAAUCAUCGAUCCCAAAAUUAUAAAUGGGAUUAUAUAUUUUAUAUUGAAGCAAAUGUUUAUCAUCAUUGCCAAAUGAUAUGCUCUCUAUUGGGCAUUCAUCUUUUCCUUGGGAACCAUGCAAAACCAGAGUUUUGUAACUGAGUUUGUCUUCCUGGGACUAUCACAGAAUCCAAAUGUUCAAAAACUGAUAUUUAUCAUAUGUUUAUGUGUUUACAUUGCAACAAUUGGGGGCAACAUGACAAUUGUGGUGACCAUUGUCUGCAGCCCUACACUGCUGGGCUCCCCCAUGUAUUUCUUUCUGGCUUUUCUGUCUUUACUGGAUGCAAGCUUCUCCUCUGCCAUGACACCCAAAAUGAUUGUGGAUUCUUUAUAUGAGAGAAAAACCAUCUCCUUUGAAGGAUGCAUGAUACAACUUUUUGCUGAACACUUCUUUGGUGGGGCUGAGGUGAUUGUUCUGACAGCCAUGGCCUAUGACCGCUAUGUGGCCAUUUGUAAGCCCUUACACUACUCUUCUAUUAUGACCAGGAGGCUCUGUGGCACACUGGUGGGGGUGGCCUGGGCAGGGGGGUUCUUACAUUCCAUCAUACAAAUUAUCUUCACUUUGCAGCUUCCCUUCUGUGGACCCAAUGUCAUCGAUCACUUCAUAUGUGACUUGUACCCAUUGCUGGAGCUGGCCUGCACUGACACUCACAUCUUUGGCCUUUUGGUGGUUGCCAACAGUGGGUUUAUCUGCAUCAUAAUCUUCUCCUUGUUGCUUGUUUCCUAUGGGUUUAUCUUGCUGUCUCUGAGAUUUCACAGUUCUGAAGGGCAAUGGAAAGCUCUCUCUACUUGUGGGUCCCACAUUGCUGUGGUGGUCUUGUUCUUCGUCCCGUGUAUAUUUACAUAUGCAAGGCCGCCUACUGCCUUCUCCUUUGACAAAAUGGUAGCAAUAUUUUACACCAUGCUAUCCCCCUUGCUUAAUCCUAUGAUUUAUACUUUUAGGAAUAAGGACAUGAAGAAUGCCAUAAGAAAAGUGUGGAAGAAAUUAAUAGUGCAUUCAGAUGAAUAAUAAAAAGCUGCCUUUUACUAGAAUUAAUAUUAAUAGUAAAGGAAUCAAAACUAUUGACUCAAACCUACAGUAUGUUUAUCACCUAUAAGGAGUUAAUGCAA